UAUUCAUUUUAGCCUUUCGUUUCGGGUUUGGCUCUGUAGAGUACAGAAGGAAAUAACAUCCUCGUUGAAGAAAGGCAAACAGAAAUCAUGAACGUGGAGGAAGAGGUAGGGCGACUCAAGGAAGAGAUCACGCGUCUUGGUAAUCGCCAGGACGAUGGCUCCUACAAGGUCACAUUUGGAGUGCUGUUUAAUGAUGAGAGGUGUGCAAACAUCUUUGAAGCUCUUGUCGGAACACUGCGCGCUGCCAAGAAGCGUAAGGUUGUGACAUACGACGGCGAACUCUUGCUGCAAGGAGUCCACGACAAUGUCGAAAUUACUCUCAAACCAGAAGCAGCAGCAACCGGCACAUAGAGAUGAACAUGACAAUUUGAAUCCUUCUAUUUGCUGUAAUAUGUCCAGGUGAAAUCUGUACAACUUUGUUUCCUUUUCUGAUCAUAUAAUAAUGCAUCUUAUGGAACGAA